UAAUCUGUAAAUUUAAGAUUCAACAUUUUCCGCUGGAGUACAGAAACAAGAAAGACUGUGUGAAGUUUGCAUCUGUUUAAAAAAUAUGCAGGACUGCUUUACUAGUUUAUCUGAUAAUUCUAUAUACAACAUUUUUAUUGUGUAUGAAAAUUGCUUGUGGUCAGAUAUCUAAUCAUUCUUUUAGUUAAUCUCUUAUCUUAAGUCACCUUAGUCCAUCACAAUGAUAAAUAUACUUGGGUUCAAAUUCAGUAAGUUGAUUUCAACCCACAGUUUACUUUCACCGCCGAUGAAAACUAUUCGGCUAAAGCUAUGAGUCUACCGACAUUGUACCAACACUACGUAUCGCCCAAAGUUAAUUCGGGUCUUUACGCUAAACCUGAUGGAUUCUACUUGAAUGGGAAAAAAAUUUCCCUUCAUAGCGGAGCUCUUCAUUAUUUUCGAGUUCCUCAAGCAUACUGGAGGGAUAGAUUAAGAAAGUACAGAGCAGCUGGUCUAAACGCUGUGGAAACCUAUGUUCCAUGGAAUUUGCACGAACCCCUGAGAGACGUGUUCGAUUUUGGUGAUGGAGAUAACGAUUUUUCGGAUUUUCUGGAUGUUGUUAAAUUUAUCAAGAUUGCACAGGAAGAGGAUCUAUUUGUGAUUGUUAGACCAGGACCUUACAUUUGUGCUGAAUGGGAUUUUGGUGGACUCCCAAGUUGGAUUUUAAACGAAGAGGGAUUGAAGCUGAGGACCUCUGAACCAAAGUACAUGAAAAGAGUUACCGAUUACUUCAACAAACUUCUGCCACUCUUCACUGACUUACAAUUUACAAAAGGGGGACCAAUAAUUGCAUUUCAGAUCGAGAAUGAGUACGGUUCCGUUGAAGAAGAUGGAACAGUUCCUGAUAUUGAAUACCUUAAACAACUUAAAGAUCUGUUCGUAAAUCAUGGCCUUGUUGAAAUGUUCUUCACUUCGGACACUCCGACUCUUCAUAGAGAUGCUGGAUCCCUGCCAGGAGUGUUGCAGAUGGCCAAUUUUAAAGUUGAUCCAGAAAAAGAACUAAAUCUCCUAAAGGAAUUGCAACCCAACCACCCAGCUAUGGUCAUGGAAUAUUGGACUGGUUGGUUCGAUCACUGGCUCGAACCGUAUCAUUCCAUUGAACCAGUUCACGUUUAUGCUGAUGUCCUAGAGAGAAUUUUAAGUUUUCCAUCAUCUGUUAAUUUCUAUAUGUUCCAUGGUGGUACUAAUUUUGGAUUUAUGAAUGGAGCCAACGUUUUUGAGAACUAUCAAGCAGACGUUACAAGUUAUGAUUAUGAUUCGCCAAUAACUGAAGCAGGAGACUACACACCGAAGUAUCAUAAAACCAAAGAGAUUUUGGCAAAGUAUCAAACUGUGAUAACCAAAUUACCAGAUUUACCUGCAGAAUCAUCAAAAGUAGCUUAUCCCACUCUGAAAAUAUUCGGUCAUUUGGAUUUUGAGGAUAUCCUUGAUCAGUUGCCUGCAGACUUGAAGGUGAAAUUAUCCAAUGUGACCAAUAUGGAAAACUUGCCAAUUAAAAAUGGCAAUGGCCAAUCUUACGGAUACAUAAACUACCGGAAAAAGGUUACAUUGAAAACCGCGUCUACCCUGAAAAUCUCUGGGUAUGUGCAAGACACAGCAAUGGUGCUUGUUGACGGAGAGCUGAAGAGCAAACCACUAGAAACUGAAGAAGAUAUUAAUGGCUUUGGUUAUUGGAUGCAGAAAGAUGCUGAGUUAACAUUGAAUUCUGAUAAAGCUGGGGAAAAAACUUUGGACAUCAUUGUAGAAAAUUGGGGACGUGUCAACUUUGGUGUCCUUGCUAAUUUUGAUCAGAGAAAAGGUUUGUGGCAAGGGCCAGUUUACGUCGAUGACAAAGAGCUAAAAGAUUGGGAAAUCUAUGCUCUUGAGUUUGAUUCUAAGUGGGCAAAGUCUCUAACUAAUUGGAAACUGGGACCGCCCUCUAUCAGCACUAGAGGUCCGUCCGUUUCCCGAUUCGUCAUAAACUUAGCUUUACCUCAGGAUACAUUUAUUGAUUUGCGUGGUUGGACAAAGGGUUUGGUAUUUGUAAACGGUUUCAAUUUAGGGCGGUACUGUCACCUUGGACCAACAAGGACCCUUUACUUGCCAGCGCCCUUACUUAAGAAAGGACAAAACGAAAUUUUAGUAUUUGAACAUUUCAAGUCAGAUAUUGAAUUGAGCUUCUUAGAUUACCCUAUUUUGGGAGAUUUGAAACCCUGAAGUAACAAAAAAAAAAAAAAAAAUGUGAGAGAGCCAGACGUCAUUUCUGAUUAUAAGUGUCAAUUUACACCCGAAUAUCUGUCAG